GACGUCGAAGAUGACGCUCGCUAUCCCCCCAGCACCUACCCCUCGAAUCCCCACCAUCGACAUCCCCCAAUCCCGAACCAGCCCCAAUUCUCUCGAAAUUUUGCCGAUCAAGACGACGACUACGAGUCCGAAUCAAAUUCGGACGGAAUCAACAACGAUCACAACGCCGACACGAACAAUUCAGUCCAUUACCAACCUCACCAUUACGUGGAGCAGCGCGAAGACGAGGAGCCAGUCGAUGACAACGACAACGACGAAGACAAUUCAUCCCUCGAGAGUAGAGGAAAGCGGAGAAAGCUCGAUAAUUUCGAGUUCGUCCCUCGAAAACCGCCGCCGAUCGUCGCAAAUUCGAAACCUGCUGUUAAGAAUUCGCCCCCGGAUUGGUCGGAAGAAUCAACCUUUAUUCUUCUAGACGCUUGGGGCGAUCUUUUUGUAAAAAAUGGAAGUAAAUCGCUUAGAUCUGAUGAGUGGAGCGAGGUCGCUAAGAAAGUCAACCAGGCUUCGAGAAUCACUAGAUCCGAUUCUCAGUGCAGGAAUCGAUUGGACACUCUGAAGAAGAAAUAUAAGAAGGAGAAAGCUAGGAUGACAGAGAUCGUGAAUUUUAAGAGUGAUUGGGUUUACUUCGAAAAGAUGGAUUCUUUGAUGCCAUCUACAUCGACGCCAGUGCCAGCACCUGCAACGAAGAGGUCACCGCGGGGGUUGGCGUGUGGGGUCGAUGCUGGGGAGUAUGUGUUUCCAAAUUCUAGGGUUUAUUUGAACCGAGCGAAUGCGACUGAUGAGAUGAGAGAUAGUCCGGGUGAUACUGGAACUGAUAGUGAUGAUGAAUCAGAUGGGCUCCCUCCGAUGAUGAGCGAGAAGAAGAAAGUGCAGUCGAAGGCGUUACCAAAUUCGUCGUUUAGAAUGUUGGCGGAGUCGAUACAAAAGUUUGGCGAGGUUUAUGAAAAGAUUGAGAACAGUAAGAGGCAGCAAAUGGUGGAGCUGGAGAGAAUGAGGAAGGAGUUUCAUCGGGAUUUGGAGGUUCAGAAGAGGCAGAUAUUGGAGAGGGCGCAGGCGGAGAUUGUGAGGAUUAGGCAGGAACAAGGGGAGGAUGAGGAAGAAAGGAUGACCGAGGAUAGUGAUGGUGAUGAUGAUGAGAUUGAUGCGUCGGCUGGAAAUUUGAGCGGCUAAGAUUUGUCCCUAGAGCAUCAUAUUUAUCUCACUUGGCAUUCUAAGCUCAGGAUCUGGUCACGCGCAUUCAUUGUGUCUGCCAGCUGCUAGGAGUAGCUCUCUGAAGUAUAUGUAUCCAAGAAGAAACCGUAUGUGACAUUGGCUAGUGCAAUAAUGUAACCGAAUGUGAUGCCAGAGAUUCAAGAAGGCAAACUUGCCGGUAGGGAUGUAACUUAUUAGUGUGUAUGUACGAUCCGUUGACUUCCGUAUCAUAUUGUAUUUGUUUCUGAAUAAGAAAACUAUGGCGACUUUAUGAAUUCAAAAUCUGACUUAGCGGCAAUGCCAAGCCUGUUUCUGAAACGACACAGUUGUGGACACUUCAUGAUAUUUUCUGAAAUAACACAAGUAUGAUUAUUUAUGAAUUA